AUGGUGGGCUUCCGCCUCGUACUACGUGGGCUACGCCUCAAAUCGACGGCGACUCACUCCUCGUCUUCCCUCUCAACUCAAGCGACCAAGCGAGAGAGAGAUAAUGGAAGCUCUAUUAGCCUCAUAUGGAGACGCAUCAUCGGACUCGGACUCUGACACUGCUCUUUCCACAAAAGCAGUCACCGAAUCUGCUUCAAUUCCAAAUACGCGACCGGAUGUCGUAGUUUUGCCACCUCCUCCUGUAUCACUUCUCACCCCUCCUAAUUCUACCGGUCUCAUAGAUUACUUGCAAGCUGGCCAGCCAAAUCGAGCGAGGAGCUUUCCCCAUGUUGAGGGCAACUAUGCUUUGCACGUUUACAUCCCAGUUUAUAUACCGCCUACCUCAAAGAAAGAAGUGGUCCUCUUUUUGAAGAGGGUAUCAUCUGUUGUGCCCUGUCUUCAUGUUGUGGAUGCUGACGUUCCACUUGACAUCUUAUGCAAAGAUGAUCACAAGCUUGAAAAAGUUGCAGUAGGUAGAGAAUUCCACAUUAGCUUGGGAAGAACUGUCCCCAUUCGAGUUCAUCAGAUUGAUUCUGUGAUUGCAAUGCUUCGCCAGAGGCUUCAGUUUCAGAAACGAUAUUGGAUUGAUUUUAAUAAGUGGGAGGUUUUUAUCAAUGAUGAUAAAACUCGAACUUUCCUUUCAAUGGAAGUUGUUACGGGAGGAUUAGCUGAGAUUGCAAGGCAAAUUGAAUAUGUUAAUGAGGUCUACAAACUCCACAAUCUUCCUGAAUUUUACAAGGAUCCACGCCCUCAUAUAUCCUUGGCUUGGGCAUUGGGGGACAUCAAUGAUUCAUUAAAGAGAGCAGUUGAAGAAGAAACAGAUAGGUGCAUUGGGGCUUCUGUACAGAAACGUAUUUUUACCUGUAAAUUCAGUGGCAUUGAGUGUAAGAUUGGUAAUAAAACAUACAGAAUUUGUAAAUUUCAUGAUGAAUAAUAAAACCUCUAAAACAUUCAGAUAUGAGUUGAGUCCCCAUACUCAGUUGUAGAAUAUAUAUUUGUUCGAUAAUUUUCUAAUUUGAGUUCUUUUUAAGUGUGUAUCAAGAUUCAGACAUCAGUUGUUUGUCUUUAGUUCCUCGGGAUGGGUGAUCAAUGAAGAAAUCAUUUGUCAAGUAA